AAUCAUUUUAAUUGUUUUUAAUGGAAAUGAGUCAAACUGUAUAUAUAACCCACCCUUAUUUUUUAAAAAUUCACAAGAACAAUGAGAAGAUAAUAUAACAUGAACAUAGGUGCUGCUGCUACAGAAAAUUACAGAAACCCACUAGAGUGAGCAAUGGAUGGAGCUGAGGCAGAGCCACAGCUGCCUUUCUCAGGAUGUCAGCUGUUGCUAGGGAGACCAGCUGAAUAGAGGGCAAUUACCUAAGGAAGACUCUGAGGAGAACUUUGAUAAACUGGUCAGCAGGUUAUAAGAACACAUGCAUCUUGUUUUAUGAUUGACAAGUGUUUCUGUAAUAUCUGCAAGACCAGCCUCUAAGUAAGCGUGGUUUACUAUUUUAUUCAGCAAUAAUUUAAUGUGUCCACACCAUUCCUGGCUCUAGAUGCUUAGUGAAUGUUCGAUGAAUUCUCUGAAUUUGCAGAGACAUGAAAAAAGGCAUCCAAGUGGGCAGCCUUGAUUAACUGGUCAUCCAUGUCAUUGACUCCAAGUUUUAAAAAAAAUGCAAUAGGCGGCCACAAUGGUCAGAACACAGAAGCUUGAGGCAGAUUCUAGUGUCACCCAGAGCGACUAGACCAACAUUCCGGUGUGGGCAGUGGUGGCGGCCGGCAGGCAGUGAGAGGAAGCCCGCUACAAGUGCCCUCGUUCCCCGCCUCUCUCGAUGAACCGGAGGGAAUAAGCCGCACCUCCCGCAGGGGCUGCGCCUCCAUGAAUCCCUAGUUGUUUUUUUUUGCUUUCUCUCCCCUCUCCUCACCCCCACUCUGAGCUCCGUCCCGCCUUCUCCCUUCGCCAGUGGCGGCCGAAUCCAUGUGCGGAGUCCAUACCAGCGCAAUGGCGUCCAACCCCCAACGGGGGGAGAUUCUGCUCAGGGAACUGCAGGGCGAUUCCCGAAGUCUUCCGUUUUCUGAGAAUGUGAGUGCUGUUCAAAAAUUAGACUUUUCAGAUACAAUGGUGCAGCAGAAAUUGGAUGAUAUCAAGGAUCGAAUUAAGAGAGAAAUAAGGAAAGAACUGAAAAUCAAAGAGGGAGCUGAAAAUCUGAGGAAAGUCACAAGAGAUAAAAAAAGUUUGUCUUAUGUAGACAACAUUUUGAAAAAAUCAAAUAAAAAAUUAGAAGAACUACAUCACAAGCUGCAGGAAUUAAAUGCACAUAUUGUUGUGUCAGAUCCAGAAGAUAUUACAGAUUGCCCAAGGACUCCAGAUAUUCCAAAUAGGGACCCUCGUUGUUCUACUAGCAACAAUAGAUUGAAGGCUCCCUUCGUCAGCGGCGGCCGCGUCCAGGUGCGGAGUCCAUACCGGAGUGCAAUGGCGUCCAACCCCCAACGGGGGGAGAUUCUGCUCACGGAACUGCAGGGGGAUUCCCGAAGUCUUCCGUUUUCUGAGAAUGUGAGUGCUGUUCAAAAAUUAGACUUUUCAGAUACGAUGGUGCAGCAGAAAUUGGAUGAUAUCAAGGAUCGAAUUAAGAGAGAAAUAAGGAAAGAACUGAAAAUCAAAGAGGGAGCUGAAAAUCUGAGGAAAGUCACAAGAGAUAAAAAAAGUUUGUCUUAUGUAGACAACAUUUUGAAAAAAUCAAAUAAAAAAUUAGAAGAACUACAUCACAAGCUGCAGGAAUUAAAUGCACAUAUUGUUGUAUCAGAUCCAGAAGAUAUUACAGAUUGCCCAAGGACUCCAGAUAUUCCAAAUAGUGACCCUCGUUGUUCUACUAGCAACAAUAGAUUGAAGGCUCCCUUCGUCAGCGGCGGCCGCGUCCAGGUGCGGAGUCCAUACCGGAGUGCAAUGGCGUCCAACCCCCAACGGGGGGAGAUUCUGCUCAGGGAACUGCAGGGGGAUUCCCGAAGUCUUCCGUUUUCUGAGAAUGUGAGUGCUGUUCAAAAAUUAGACUUUUCAGAUACAAUGGUGCAGCAGAAAUUGGAUGAUAUCAAGGAUCUAAUUAAGAGAGAAAUAAGGAAAGAACUGAAAAUCAAAGAGGGAGCAGAAAAUCUGAGGAAAGUCACAAGGGAUAAAAAAAGUUUGUCUUAUGUAGACAACAUUUUGAAAAAAUCAAAUAAAAAAUUAGAAGAACUACAUCACAAGCUGCAGGAAUUAAAUGCACAUAUUGUUGUAUCAGAUCCAGAAGAUAUUACAGAUUGCCCAACGACUCGCAGAUUGCAGCAAAGGUUUCAGUUUAAUCUGCAAGACUUCAGGUGUUGUGCUGUCUUGGGAAGAGGACAGUUUGGAAAGGUGCUUUUAGCUGAAUAUAAACACACAAAUGAGAUGUUUGCUAUAAAAGCCCUAAAGAAAGGAGAUAUUGUGGCUCGACAUGAAGUAGACAUCCUGAUGUGUGAAAAAAGAAUUUUUGAAACUGUGAGUAGUGUAAGGCAUCCCUUUUUGACGAACCUUUUUGCAUGUUUCCAAACCAAAGAGCAUGUUUGCUUUGUAAUGGAAUAUGCUGCCGGUGGGGACCUAAGGAUGCACAUUAAUACUGGUGUCUUUUCUGAACCAACAGCUGUAUUUUAUGCUGCUUGUGUAGUUCUUGGGUUGCAGUAUUUACAUGAACACAAAAUUGCUCAUAGAGAUUUGAAAUUGGAAAACUUAUUGCUAGAUACAGAGGGCUUUGUGAAAAUUGCUGAUUUUGGUCUUUGCAAAGAAGGAAUGGGAUACAGAGAUAGAACAAGCACAUUUUGUGGCACUCCUCUAUAUCUUGCCCCAGAAGUAUUAACAGAAAUUUCUUAUACAAGGGCUGUAGAUUGGUGGGGCCUUGGCGUGCUUAUAUAUCAAAUGCUUGUUGGUGACUAUCCCUUUCUUGGUGAUGACGAAGAGAAACUUUUUGACAGUAUUGUAAAUCAUGAAGUAAACUAUCCAAGGUUCUUAUCUACAGAAGCCAUUUCUAUAAUGAGAAGGCUGUUAAGAAGAAAGCCUGAGCGGCGCCUUGGGGCUAGCAAGAAAGAUGCAGAAGAUGUAAAAAAGCACCCAUUUUUCCGGCUAAUUGAUUGGAGCGCUCUGAUGGACAAAAAAGUAAAGCCACCAUUUAUACCUACCAUAAGAGGACAAGAAGCUGUUAGUAAUUUCCAUGAUGAAUUUACCUCAGAAGCACCUAUUCUGACUCCACCUCGAGAACGAAGGAUACUUUCGGAAGAGGAGCAGGAAAUGUUCAGAGAUUUUGACUACACUGCUGAUUGGUGUUAAGUUGCUAGACACUGCGAAACCAAGCUGACUGACUCACAAGAAGACCUCUUAAAAAUAGCAAGCCUUCAUUUGCUCUCUGUGCCACCAAUAGCUUGAGUUUUGUUUUGUUUUUUUUUAAUUGAAACACGUGAAGAUUUGUUUAAAAGUACCAUUCUAAUACUUCUUCAAAAGUGGCUUCUCAUUGUACUUCAGCGUAAAUAUGAGCACCGGGAACAUUUUCAUGGAGUUUAAGUUGAGUGAACAUCGGCCAUGAAAAUCCAUCACAAAUACUUUUGGAUCAAUAGUCUAUUUUAAAAAAGAAAGAAAAAAACCACUUGUUUGCAGUCCCUAGCUUUGCCAUAUGCCCGCCUUAAGUGGAAGGAAAAUUAAUCACUUAACUAUGUUUUACAAAAAGAAAAAAAGGGAGGGUGGAGCCAAGAUGGCCGAAUAGGAACAGCUCCGGUCUCCAGCUCCCAGCCCCAGCGACACAGAAGACGG